AUGUCAAAACUACACAAAUCUCUUCCAAGCAGAAUCGAUAUCAUAAUUGGAUCAGAUUUGAUACCUGAAAUUUCACAAACAAAGAUUCGAAAAAUCAAUGGAUUGAUCUUGCAAGAGACAUCUUUGGGAUGGGUAGUUUCAGGAAAUAUAGAACGUACAGCAGCCAAAAAUAUAACAACAGCAAGUGCUACAGUAGAUAUAGCAGAUCUAGAACGAUUUUGGGAAAUUGAAGAAGAAGCAGAAGACAUCAGCAAAGAAAAUGAACGAUGUGAAGAGCACUUCAAAACAAAUACUAAACGAACUGAAGAUGGAAAAUUUACUGUAGCAAUUCCUUUCAAAGAUGAUAAACAACUAGGCAACUCCAGGAAAUUAGCAACGGCAAGAUUAUUAAGUAUGGAAAGAAAAUUUAUUCAAAAUCCAUCUCUAAAAGAAGAAUACUCCAAAUUUAUGAAAGAGUAUCUCAAUUUAGGCCAUAUGAAACCAGCAAAUUCGUUCAAUAAAGGAAAAUAUUAA